AUGACUGAACGGACUCCGCUCCUCCACUACCGCCUCUCCGCGAGCAUCAAUGAGUCCGGCGAGCAUCACUCGGAGUCCGGCCAGGAGGCGCUGGAUCAGCCGCCGAGCGCAGUGCGCCGGAGGUCCGCUCACAGCCAGCCCCAGAAACUGUCCACCUUCUUCGGCGUGGUCAUCCCCACCCUGCUGUCCAUGUUCAGCGUGGUGGUGUUUCUGAGGAUAGGAUUUGUGGUGGGACAGUGUGGUCUGUAUCAGGCUGUGGCCAUGUUUCUGGUGGCGUAUUUAAUCAUCAGCAUGACGGUUCUGUCCGUCUGCGCCAUCUCCACCAACGGAGCCCUCGACGCUGGAGGAGCCUACUAUAUGAUCAGUCGAGCUUUAGGGCCGGAGUUCGGAGGCAGCAUCGGCAUCAUGUUCUUCUUUGCUAACGUGUGUGGCAGCGCCCUCUACGUACUGGGGCUGGUGGAGGCCAUCCUGGCAACAUUCGGCAUCUCUGAAGAUGGCAUGGACUCUUCCUCUAGGUAUGCGGUGUUGCCAGUGAGCUACUGGUGGUCUCUGCUGUAUGCCACAGCCAUCCUGCUGGUGUGUCUGCUGGUGUGUUUGGUGGGUGCUUGGAUUUACGCCAAGGCCAGCUUCCUCAUCUUCCUGGUGGUGAUGGUGGUGCUGGGGACCAUCUUCAUCAGCUUUUUCGCUGUAAAGCCUCAGACGGUCACUCUGCCCGGCCACUUAACCAACUCCUCCCCCACCACCGCCAACUUCACCGGCUUCAAAGCGGAAACAUUCUUUCAAAACCUUGGAGCUGACUACACAGUGGAUUACACAACGGGGAAAAUGAUGUCGUUCGCCACGGUGUUUGCGGUGAUGUUCAACGGCUGUACGGGAAUCAUGGCGGGCUCCAAUAUUUCAGGUGACCUAAAGAACCCGAGUUAUGCCAUCCCUCGCGGAACAAUCACUGCAGUCAUCUUCACUUUCAUUAUCUACAACCUGCUGAGCUUAUUGGUGGCCUGCACCUGUGACAGACUGCUGUUACAGAGGGACUACAGUUUUUUGAGGGACAUAAACCUAUGGCACCCUUUCGUCACCAUCGGUGUGUAUUCCUCCACCCUCUCCGCUGCCAUGAGUAACCUGAUCGGAGCGUCCCGCAUCCUCUACGCCCUCGCUCGAGAUGAUUUGUUUGGUAAAGUCUUAUCCCCAGCGAAGAAAACCUCGGCCAGUGGGAACCCCUGGGUCUCGGUGCUCAUCUCCUGGUUUCUCGUGCAGCUGGUGUUGUUUUCAGGUAAACUGAACACUAUAGCGAGUAUAGUGACUAUAUUCUUCCUGCUGGUGUACGCGGCGGUGGACCUGGCCUGUCUGGCACUGGAGUGGGCCUCCGCACCCAACUUCAGGCCUACGUUUCGGUACUUUACAUGGCACACGUGUGUGUUGGGGAUCGUGGGCUGUGGGGUGAUGAUGUUCCUGAUAAACCCCAUUUACGCUUCAGCCAGCAUCGUCUUCAUGCUCCUACUGCUGCUGAUCAUCCACUACCUCAGCCCCACCAGCAGCUGGGGAUACAUCAGCCAAGCGCUCAUAUUCCACCAGGUGCGUAAGUAUCUGCUGAUGCUGGAUGUUCGUAAGGAUCAUGUGAAGUUUUGGAGGCCUCAGGUUCUGCUGAUGGUGGCUAAUCCACGGGCCAACAUUGGCCUAAUCACCUUCAUCAACGACAUCAAGAAGAGCGGCCUGUACGUCCUGGGCCACGUGCAGAUAGGAGACCUGGGCCUCCUCCCCUCUGAUCCUCUGCAGUGUCAGUAUGACUCGUGGCUGUCUCUGGUGGAUCAUCUGAACAUUAAAGCCUUUGUUAACCUCACGUUAGCCGACUCUGUAAGACACGGUGUCCGGCAUCUGCUCUUCAUCUCUGGACUGGGUGGGAUGAGGCCCAACACGUUGGUUCUUGGUUUCUACGACGACCUCCCUCCUCAGGACCAACUCCAGGACCAUUCGUUCCACUCGGACCGAUCCCUGGAUGACCCUGCCCUGGCUGAGGACCAGGAAGACCCACUUUUCCACUUCCCGCCUCUCAGAGGAAGCGUUCCGGAGGACAAAAACAGAGGCGAGGCUUGGGUCGGGAAAGCCCUGGGCCCUCAAGAGUAUGUCUCCAUCAUCGCUGACGCUGUGAAGAUGCUGAAGAAUGUAGCACUUGCGCGCUAUUUCGGACAGUUUGACCGGAAGCACGCCCUGCAAAGCCCCGUCUUUGUGGAUGUUUGGCCAGUCAACCUCUUGCGCCCAGACAGCAGUUCGUACGUGGACACAUGCUCCCUGUUCCUCUUGCAGCUGGCCUGCAUCCUCAACAUGACCAGGUCUUGGCAGAAGGCCAAGCUCCGCCUCUUUCUGUGUGUGGAGGUGGGGCGAAGCCUGAAGGGUGCCGAGCAAAAGCUGAGGCUGCUCCUGAAGGAGCUGAGGAUGAAGGCGGAUAUUUACAUGGUACCCUGGGAUGAGCAAGUGGCGCUGCACUGGCAGAGGCAGCACGUGGGCAUGGCCAUAGAGGCAGAGCCGGAGAAAGGGGAGAGGGACGAAGUUCAGAAGGAGGACGAGGAGGAAGUGGAAGAGGAGGAGUACGCGAACAGCUUCCCCAGUAACGCCGUGAGGCUGUCGGACGAUUACUUGCACGCUGUCAACCGGCUGAUCCUGAACCAGCCCCGCCCCCCACCUGCCGUGCGCUUCUUGUAUUUGCCCCGACCACCUGCUGACACCAGGCGCUACCACAACUAUCUGUGCCAGCUGGAGCUGCUGAGUCGAGACCUCGGACCCACCCUGCUGAUCCACGGGGUCACCCCUGUCAUCACCACUGACCUUUGAAAUGUGAUCGAAGAACACUCCUUUUCCUUUUUUCCCUACUCCUCCGACCUUCCCAGAGACAAUCUUCACACUGCUAAAACGAAUUAUAUCCCAGCAAGUGAAAACAUCUCGAAUGUAGGCGAUACGCGGUCGUGUGCAAAAGUUUUGGCGCCCCUAGUCAAAUGAUGUUUUGUCAAUUUUUUAAGCAAAAACUUCCUCAGAACACAUUUCUGCAUAUUUCAGUACACAACUACUGUUGAAUUUAGCAUAUUAAGAAACAUUACAUGUGACCUGUGCACAAAUUGUAACUCAUUUAAAAAAAAAAAAAAAAAAAAAAGUGAUGUCCAUGCGAGUAUAUAUGUCUAAAUAGUCAUUUAAAAGCAUUGGGUCCAAUUUCACGGUAGUUUUUCAGACUACAUCUUUCAAAAAGAAGGUCUGACUCGAUCUCAAAAAUCUAAAUUAUACUGAUGAAAAAUGAUAAUAUAGAUCAUUCAGCGACAUCCUUGACCUACAUUUGCAAUCAAGUUCUGACCGAGUUCUCGUUGAAUUUUCUUUGAACACGUAAUGCAUUAGCUCGUAAACUUCUGAUUCAUUUAUUCAUGCAGGUCUGUAGCACAACCGACGUGGUGACCUGCUCUUUUGCACAUUGUGUGCCGUUACACAUUUCAACCAAAGAGGUCGCCAAAUCCCCCAGACUUACUUAAAAACCUUGCAAAUCAAUAGAAAUUGUGGACUAGAAUGUUCCAUAUUUAAGCUAGUAACUUAUUUCACUCAAAGCCAACAAUCAUGUCAUUUGACCAGGGGUGUUCAAACUUUACACAAUCUGUUUACAGACACCUUUACUUACAUGAAGUAAUCUUAUCAAUAAAAAUGACCCUCCUGCACUGGCAAAUA